UGCCUAAUUGGUCGUUAAACCAUGCAGCCCAUUUUGUUUGUGGAUGACUCAUGACUUACAGUAUAGUAGUUGUCCAUGGGCGUGGUCAACACUCAACAUCUCCUUGAACUGGAAAAUGAAAAAUGAGAGAGAGUGAUGGGAACCGUGGCCAUUAUUUUUCCUAAGAACUCAACAGCAUCAGACCUAUAACUGGUGUUCUUAAUGCUUCCUGCGUAAACAGUACUGUGCAAAUAGAUAAAUAAAAGUGUUGUAAGGUGUAUCGAGUUUUUGAAGAAUGGAUUGGCACGUCCAUAGCGAACUCCCCAUGGUGCUUGCAUGCAUAGGGACCGUCAUCUCUUUAUUGCUGACAGCCGCUUUGCCACCAUCCCUCUCCCAAUCACCACCUUCCAAUUACUCCCUCUGUAAGCAUCCAUAUGAGUGUGGCAAACAACAAUUAUACUACCCUUUCUGGGGGGGAAACCGACCCCGCCAGUGUGGCGGCGAUCAAAAUCUCCAGCUUACCUGCAAGGAGGAGAAUGAAGGAUACGGCGGGGAGUUCGAUUACGCUUACAUUGAAACGGACUCACAAGGAUUCAAAGUGGUGGGAAAUGAUGACCCCCUAAAUACUACUUUUACAUUGGUGCCCUUGCCAGUCGCUGACGGAGAACAUGAUGUUUGCUCUAUGGAUUUCAAUUAUUCUCUGAAUUACUUGCCACUCACCUAUAACCAAAAAGUGCACAACAUCACCAUAUUCUAUGGUUGCACCUACUCCUAUCCGGAUUAUCAUAGCCUAGGGUGCGGUGGUAGUGGUGGUGGUGGUAAUGGUGGUAAUGUAGGGUAUUAUAAUGGUAUGGAAAAAGAGGUGCUGGAAAGUAAUCCAGGCCUUCAGAAUGAUUGCAAGUAUCAUAUCCAAGUGGCCGCUGAGGCUGUUCUGUUGAACGGGGUCGGAGGUGAUGCUUCUUCUGCUCUGCCUUUCGGUGAAGGUGUAUUGGUGAACUCUACUUUUUCUCAAGAUUGUAAGAGAUGCGUGGACAGUGGAGGAAGCUGCGGGAGCAACCAUACGCAUCCAUUUACCUGCUAUUGCCCUCAUGGAUCUAUUGCCCUCCCAUGUCCUCCUCCGGUCCCUGCUCCUGAUCCUCCUCCGGUCCCUGCUCCUGGUCCUCGUGCCAAUUAUCGUUCUCAAGAAAAGAGUAAUGGAUGGACCUGGCAAAAGAAAGUCAUUAUUGGUGCUACAGCAGCUGCAGUAAUUGCAGGAUUAUUGAGUAUUUGUUAUUUUACCUACAUGUCACCAGCAUCACAAGAAAAAUACUGCUUUCCAACAAAGGGUAACCAUGAUAUUGAAACUUUCUUAAAAAAUCAUGGAGUGUUAACUAUAAAAAGAUACAAAUUCUCUGAUGUGAAGAAAAUGACCAACUCCUUCAAAGUUAAACUAGGACAAGGUGGUUUUGGUGUUGUAUACAAGGGAAAGUUAUCCAAUGAUUUUGAUGUAGCAGUCAAAAUGUUGAAUCCAUCCAAAGGAAAUGGUGAAGAAUUUAUUAACGAGGUAGCUAGCAUUAGUAGAACUUCUCAUGUUAAUGUUGUCGCCCUUCUUGGAUUUUGCUUAGAAGGUCACAAGAAAGUUCUCAUCUAUGAAUUUAUGUCCAAUGGUUCCCUUGACAAUUUUAUUUACAAAAAGAACCCUAAGAAUACACCACUCUUGAGCUGGGAUAAUUUAUAUCAAAUUUCCAUAGGGAUUGCUAGAGGAUUGGAGUAUUUGCAUAGAGGAUGCAACAUUCUUAUUUUACAUUUUGACAUAAAACCACAUAAUAUUCUUUUGGAUGAAAACUUUUGUCCUAAGAUAUCAGAUUUUGGGCUAGCAAAGCUUUGUCCUAGAAAAGAAAGUCAUAUUUCAAUGUCCGAAACUAGAGGAACAAUAGGGUACAUAGCUCCAGAAGUGUGGAGUAGACAUCUCGGUAGAGUUUCACAUAAAUCUGAUGUUUAUAGCUAUGGAAUGAUGCUUCUAGAAAUGGUAGGAAUGAAGGAGAACAUCCUUGCAAAGACAAGUCACACAAGCGAGAUGUACUUCCCUGAUUGGAUAUACAAAAGGCUUGAUCAAGGAACUCAACUGGGACCUGAUGAUGAUGGGGAAGUGGCCAUAGAGGAAAAUGAUGUUGUUAAGAAAAUGACAAUCGUGGGUUUAUGGUGCAUUCAACCAAUUCCAAAUGACAGACCAACAAUGAGUAGAGUUGUAGAAAUGUUGGAAGGCAGCAUGAAUUCCCUGGAAAUGCCACCAAGACCUGUCCUGUCUUCAAUAAGAGUGGUAGUAGAAUCUUCUUCUAAUGUUGUAUCGUUGGUAGAAUCUUCUUCUGUUGUAUCAGUUGUAGAAUCUUCUACUAGUGUAACUUAGAUGCAUUAUAUUGUACUCCCUCUAUUGUCUAUGUGUACCAAGCACACAUAGCUACUUGAAUGUUUUCACUGAAAAAAAACUGUUAGCUAAUGAAAGACAAAAAUUAGCAGCAGGAAAGUUACCAAGCAACAGUUGUGCUUUUGCCCUUACCAUUAAUUGUUGUCAUCUUUUUUACUUUCUCAUGUUUCAGUGAAGCCUCUUUGUCAAGCUUCGAUCUUAUGUUUGGUUCUUGAUGGAUAGGGGCAUAAAGUGUUGCAAUAGAAGGUGCUCAA